CGGUGAGUUGCCAUGGCCCAGUGAUGAACGGCGCGGCGGUGCCCGGUAGCCCGGAGCUCUCCUCCUCGUGCCCGCUGCCAGACUGGCGAGAGUUCUGUGAGCUUCAUGCUCGAGCCUCCGCUGCAGACUUCGCCGACAAGUUCCAGCGCUUCCUGUCGGAGAACCCGUGCUACGACUCGCCCGGCGCCGAUGCGAGCUUCUCACAGCACUUCGCCCACCACUUCCUGGAGUGCUUCUCUGCAGCGUUGACCCAGGCCCGGGAGAACCAGGCGUCCUCGCCGGGGGAGGACGGCUCCAACGCAGCGCCCAAGUACAGCAUCGUUCCUUUCCUGGGAAUCCAGGGCUGCCCUCUGUCCUACGGACACGACCUGUACCAGAGACGCAAGGACGCCGGGGCGUCCAGCGAGUCCCUGGACAGCAUGGACAGCGGAGGGGGAGGGAUGGACGGGGGAGGCAGCGGCCCCACCGCCUCCCGAGGCCCCCAGCCCACCCACAAGGUGUCUGCUCUGGGACAGUCCCGCAGCUCAGAGGACGUAUCGGUCAGCCACCCGAAGGCUCGCUUCAAGAAGGGCUUCUCCCUGAGGAACAUGAGCCUCUGCGUGGUGGACGGCGUGAAGGAGAUGUGGCACCGACGAGCCUCCCCCGAACCGGACGGGCCCUCUGGAGCCAGGAGGGCUAACGGGGGAGGAGUGGCAGGAGGAGGAGGAGGAGGAGGAGGAGGAGGGGAGGCUGCAGGGGGAGAGAAAUGGUCCCAAAAGCUGCGUCUCCCCAGGGGCUCCCAGGGCCACAAGGCCGAGAUGCUGGAGAUCCAGAGGGAGGGGGCUCUGAGGUACAUGGUGGCUGAUGACACAAACUGUAUGGGCGCCGCUCAGUGGCAGAAGUGCCGCCUGCUGCUGAGGAAGACGAAGAGAGACGAAGGAGGCGAGAGGUUCCUGCUGGAGUUCUAUGUGCCACCCAAGUCGUCAAAGCCCAAAGUGAGCAUCCCUCUGUCGGCCAUCGUGGAGGUGAGGACCACCAUGCCGCUGGAGAUGCCCGACAAGGACAACACGUUUGUUCUCAAGGUGGAAAACGGGGGAGAGUACAUCCUGGAAACCAUCGACUCGCUGCAGAAGAACUCCUGGGUUGCUGACAUCCAGGACUGCAUCGACCCCGGUGACAGCGGCGAUGACAUCGAGCUGGCGUCAUGUCCUCACGGUCAGGCCUCCAAAGACUGCUCCAUGGUGGCCUCCUGCAGCUGUGAGCUGCUGUCUGAGGGUGUGUAUCGUGCUCCGGAGAGGUCGUGUCCUACGGCAGCAGAGCAUUACAGCGCCCCCUCAGUCCGCUGCAGGGAGCCCCCCUUCACCCAGCACCCGUCCCACAUGCCUUUAGAGCGCUUCCUCCAGUCGCCCGAGGCCCAGAGCUCCAACUCCUCUGCAGGAGGCAGCGAAGGAGCGAAAGAGUCCGACGGCGAUGCCAGCCUGGCGGGGUACCCGUGGUUCCACGGGACCCUGUCCCGCGUACGAGCCGCUCAGUUGGUGCUGGCGGGCGGCGCCAGAAGCCACGGGCUCUUUGUGAUCCGUCAGAGCGAGACGCGGCCCGGCGAGUACGUCCUCACCUUCAACUUUCAGGGCAAAGCCAAGCAUUUGCGUUUGUCGGUAAAUGAGAACGGGCAGUGCCACGUCCACCACUUGUGGUUCCACACCGUGUCGGACAUGUUGAGACACUUCCACGCCCACCCCAUCCCCCUGGAGUCUGGAGGCUCCGCUGACAUCACGUUACGCUCCUAUGUACAAGUGCAGCGAAGCUCCACCACAGAUGUGACGGUGCCUCCGGUCCUCACGCCGCCCAGGGACGCAGGCUGCCGGACAGAUUCAGCCCAGCCGGCCCUCCUCCCUCCUGGGAUCGCAGCUCCCGCAGGGCCUCCUCCUGAUCCUCCGCUCUCCUCCAGCACCUCCUCCUCACCCACCGCCCACCUCCCCUCCCUCUCCCGCAGUGACCCAGGUACUGGAGGAGGAGUAGGAGGAGGCCUACAGAGCCGGAGCAACAGCUCUGAGCGCCUGCUGGAGGCCUCGAGUGGAGCGUCGGAUGACUACCACGACGCUGACGGGACCCGCCGGGCCCGGGCCGUGGAGAACCAGUACUCUUUCUACUAAAGGGCCCGGAGCAGUCAUGUACUGGAGGGGACAUGGGGCGCUCUGCUCCUGAUGAAAACGGUCCAAAUCACUGGAUCACACAUCGUAUUGUUUGUUUGUUUUUGUUUCAAGGCAAUUUCCUGUUUUCUCUGAUUUGAGAUGGGAGGUGAGAUCCAACCAGCAGCGCGUCCACGCUGAUAAAUCCCUCAGGCUCUGUGGCUUCGCUUCAAACUCAAAGAAUGUCAGUGAACAAAGAAACAGAAGGCCACAGGAAGAAACGGAGCAGCGAAGAUGAGUGUAGGCGGAGAAAGCAAAAGCAAAAGGAAGUCACCCGGUGGAGUCAUAUGGCUUUGAUUCAUCUCUCCUGACCACUUCCUGUUCGCUGGGAGCAGAUGCUGUGUCACCACCCCGCUGAAGGGUUGAGAGAUUGAAAUGACCCCUGAAGAAACAGCCCCUCCCCUCAGAGCUCCUCCGAGCUCCUCCGAGCUCCCGAGAGCGUCACAUUAAUGUUUGUAAAGCUGCUUCGAGUCUGUCCCGGAUAUCCUCGCUGUCCCUGCAGGGUUUCCCUACAAAGCUCUGCAGCAAUCAUGGGUGUGUUAGUGUUAGCUCGGAGAUGUUUUUCUUAAACGUGUACAGCCUAAAGGGUCUUAGUGCCUGACAAUUACCUUGGACUUGAAGGGACUGUCGCCCUAUGUGACAGGGAGGAUGGUGGUGACGUCUCGCAGAAUCACAAAAGCCCAAAUAUCUAAUGCAGGUGAUUAUUUACCGCCAGUUUCUGCUUGAAAACACACUGAACAUACAUAUCACUGCAUACUGAAAUGGUUUAGUUCUCACAGUUUCAUGAAUGGCUGAUACCCACACACACACACACACACACACACACAUUCUUGUACUUCUAUCUUUGUGAGGACCCUCAUUGGAACAG